GUGAUUGUGUGUUGGACAGUGCUCUUGGUCUCAGAGCUGCCGGCUAUAAGACGAAGCUCUCGUCCUCUGCUGUCCUGUUGAAUCUGAAGCAUCAUCACCAUCACCAUUCUCACGAGCAUCACUAGCAACGAUAUUCCCUAAUCAAUAAAGUCGCGACAAUCGCCUUGCGCAAUAAUCAGAACCCCUUCCGCAACCCCAACAACCCACUACCAUCACCAAAAUGGUCAACUACGCCGCCAUCCUCUCCACCAUCGUCCUCGGCCUCGCCGCCACGACCAGCGCGGCGCCCUACAAGCUCGAGGCGCGAGACGUGAGCUGCAUGGACAACCUGCCGGGCGACACUCUUGCUAACAUCAACGAGGCCGUCGAGUGCAUCAACUACCUGGCAAGCCUGGGCGGCCAGGCGUGCGAGGCGUACGUGGGCGGUACUUCGUUCUGCCGGCGUGGCAACACCCAGAUUACGGGGCUGGCCAAGACGGGCCACGUCACGACUACUUCAACCUGCCAGGAAGUUGCGCAAGGGCUGGGCCAGGUCAUGGACCGAUGCUCGCGCGGCGACGGGACGGUGCGCGGCCAGAACGAGGCGUGGGGUAAUGGGGACAUGCUGGUUGACAUCCGGCGGGUUGUGCAGUGAUAAGUCACGGAAACCGCGAGGUGGGUUACGUGACGCCCUGGAACUCCUGGUUUGUUACUGCAUUUAGACUGGCGCAUUGGGGUAUAGAGUUUACUUGCCGUUCAGCAUGUAUUGGACUCCUGUUCUUUUGCAUCCUGAUGUAGAAGUUUCAAUCACGAAUUGUGUCCAACUGGGGUGACGCGAAAAUGUCGUGACAAUAAAGGUAUCUGAGCCGGUGAACUGGCGUGUUUCGGGGGCCAGAUUCCAGAGGAGUCUAACACGCGACUGGUGUGGCGCGC